GACGUAGGGAGCAACGCUGGUAGGAAGACGUUGGUCGCGCUCGUGUUUCAAAAAAUCWAAGAUUUAUUAAACUUACUCCAAACAGAGGGCUCUUUGUGAGUUUAAAACCCGUCCUUCACUAUGUUGUGUCAAAUACUUCAUUAUUUCAGCUGACUGUAGGUUAACCCAUGUGGACACCCUCACUAGGGACCAAAACACAAUCUGCAUUUACUGGAACAGCUCAGUGUCAGAAUGGUGUCUGCUCAUACUGCCUUGGCUUUGUUCAGCCUCGCUCCCCUGUUUGUGUUUGGCAUUCCUCCUAUUUGGAYCCAGCCGGAGCAAGUGCACCUCUCCUAUGCUGGAGUACCCAAUUCCAUGGUGGUGACCUGGACCACUUUUAAUAAGACACAGAGCAGGGUGGAGUAUGGUCUUGUAGGGGGUCGUCCCUUUCAGAUGAACGCUGAAGGUGAUGUCACCCUGUUUGUGGAUUCAGGAGCGGAGAAGAGGCAGAUGUUCAUCCACAGAGUCACUCUUACCGGCCUCAAACCUGCUGCUACAUACGUCUACCACUGCGGUGGUGAUGAAGGCUGGAGCGAUGUCUUCCUCUUCACUGCUCUGAACGACAGCUCAAGUUUCAGUCCCAAGUUUGCACUGUAUGGAGAUCUGGGCAAUGAGAACCCACAGUCUCUGGCUCGACUGCAAAAAGAGAGUCAGCUCAGCAUGUAUGACGUCAUACUCCACAUAGGAGACUUCGCCUACGAUAUGGAUGAGGACAAUGCCAGAAUUGGAGAUGAGUUCAUGAGGCAGAUCCAGUCCAUAGCAGCCUACGUUCCCUACAUGACCUGUCCAGGCAACCAUGAAGCUGCAUACAACUUUUCCAACUACAGGAAUCGCUUCAGCAUGCCAGGCCAAACUGAGAGCCUGUGGUACAGCUGGGAUCUCGGGCCAGCGCACAUCAUCUCUUUUUCCACAGAAGUUUACUUUUACCUCGAAUAUGGCACGGAUCUCCUCUUCAAGCAGUACGAGUGGCUGAGAAACGAUUUGGAGGAAGCCAACAAGCCUGAGAACAGGAUGCUCCGUCCCUGGAUCAUCACCAUGGGCCACAGACCCAUGUACUGCUCUGAUGAUGACCAAGAUGACUGUACAAAGUUUGACUCUUGGGUCCGACUGGGGCGGAAAGACAUUAAACCACCUGCUCCUGGUCUAGAGGAUUUAUUUUACAAUUAUGGGGUGGAUGUGGAGUUGUGGGCACAUGAGCACACGUAUGAGAGACUUUGGCCAGUUUAUGGGGACAAGGUGUACAAUGGGAGCACAAAGCAGCCCUAUGUUAACCCCAAGGCUCCGGUACACAUUAUAGCAGGCUCUGCUGGCUGCAGAGAGAGGACGGACAGGUUCAAUCCAAACCCCAAAGAGUGGAGCGCGUUCCGCAGCACAGACUACGGCUACAGCAGAAUGCAAGURGUGAACGCCACCCACCUUUACCUGGAGCAGGUCUCUGAUGACCAGCAUGGCAAAGUGAUUGACAGCACAUGGGUGGUGAAAGAAAAACACGGCUUUUCUGCCUGGUUCUGAACACUGUCAUCCGUAAAAAUAAAAAAAAAUCUGCCCAGAAUCACUCAGGACGGCACCAGGGCUUUGCUGCACUACAUCAGGUAUGCAGUAAAAAAAUAAAGUUUUUCAAAUUUGUUAUUUUUUCAGCUGUAAAGCUUCUGAUUACUGUCCUUUCUACUGCACUUUUCACUUGAUCCWGUGUAAAAUCACCACAUGAUGAUCAUCUACUGUAAAUGUAUGUAAUAUUAUGUAUAUGUAAUGUACUUUACUUCAUGGUUUUAAAACACACAUUUAAAUAAAUUCAGCUUUGGAUUUGC